CGAAUCCUCGAAUGUUUAUUUGUCACUUGGUAAUCUCACGGUCGGCCAGAUGCUCUUUUCGUGGCCAGAUUUUGCCUCUUAGUAACUGAGCAUCGCCAUUGAGGAUGGGUUUGUAAUGCAAAUCCGUGUUGGACAUGGAAGUUGCGAUACAGUUACUACUUAUGCAUGUAAGAAGAGGAUGCUCUGGCCCACGGCAGUCGACGGCUUCACGACUCUGCUGCGUUUACCAUGGCUUCUUACAGGGGUGCUAGACAUGACGAACAUCCUCCCUCAGAUGCACCGCGCUUUCUCCGUCUUCAUUUGGAUCGCCCAAGGCUGGCGAGGAAUCGCGAAGUGCAAGCCUGCGAACAAUGUAGGUUAAGAAAGAUAAGGUGUGACCAAUCAAAACCACAUUGCGAAAGGUGUAAGGUCAAUAGCCGACCCUGCGUCUAUCGACCCAAAGCUGCCACGAAGGCACGACAAGUCGGGCUACCUGAAGGUCAGCCUUCGGGUACGAAGCCUUUCCAUGACCACAUACAACAAUCAGAUGGCGAACGAGAAGAAGGACAGACGAUUCGACUCAACCAACACGGUCAUCUCAAAGCUAACAAUGGACUUCGACUCCGGUAUUAUUCCAGCUCUUCGUGGGUGGCAUCUGUGGAAGAAUCGGACGUCUCGAUGCCGCUGGAUGAUCCCUUUGCCCUCUCCAGUCAAGGUCUUCUGGGUUUCAAUAACCCAUCUCUGGGGCUCUCAACUGGGGGUAUCGAUCGUUUUAUCCAAUCGAAUGAGGUUGAUCGACUCAUCUCGUGGUACUCUCAAUACUGCCAUUUCUGGUUUCCUCUCGUCGAGAUCGCAGAAGUCAUGACUAGUCUGCAGGACCUACGCCGUCAUAAACGUUCUACCCCUGGGGCAACAGCUAUAAUAUCUGCUCUUUGCUAUACAGCAUCAUGUUCUGCAUCUGCCUCCAAAGAUGUAGGGUCAUCACUGAGUUCCAUCCCGUCAUCAUCAUGGAGGAACGUGGCAAGUCAACUUCUAUUUGACUCUGGCUAUCCCAGUCGGCCUAACCUGAAUACUAUCAGAGCAGCAUUUCUCCUUGCGGCGCCUAGUAUGACAGAAGGAGCCUCACAUCCUGACCCAGGCCCUGUUUGUGUCCUCGUGCGAGCUGCUCAGUCUCUCGGCCUGCACCGGGAGCCUAUGUUGUUUCAGUUGUCUGCACAUGAGGCGGAUCUUAGCCGCAUCCUCUGGUGGUCAAUUCGUGUGUUAGAUACAACCUAUGCGGUGGCUCAUGGUCUCCCACUGUUAAUACAUCCAACGUCUACAGAUGUCCGAAUGAUCGAUUGCGAGGGCAAACUGGAACGCAAACUACUGAAGACUAUAAUCCGAUCGGGACUAUUGAUCUCCAGGGCUUUUCAUGAUAUUUACGGCGUGCGUCAGCCAACCUUCACUGAUAUACAGCGAUUAGAUGAGGAGUCCGAAAGGAUAUCGACUGAAGAAGUCUCCGACUCGAAACACCCACAAAUGACGACUUUGGAAAGAUUUGUCGCCAUGAGCCGGAGAAUGAGUUGCUGCAAGAUGCUCUUCAUUCUCCACCAACCGUAUCUACGAACGCCGCAAUGGCCACAGAGCUCCAGGAUAAAGGCCCUUAAUGCCUGCCAGGAUUACAUCGGAGGGUUCUUGACAGGAGUUAAUGACCCCACACUAUCUCCAUACAGAUGGGUGCUCGACCAUUUCGACGUGAUUCAUCCUUGCGCCAUCAUUCUUCAAGAUCUGAUCCAGCAUCCUGGGUCCCUGGAAUCAGACACCCUCCGCAAUUUAGUAGAGACGUGCUUCUCCACUUUCUCGAAUGAUUCUCAUCCAGACUGGACGCGACUGGAGGCAUUGCGAUCCAAGGCCUGGACAGCAAAUUGCUGGAACGUAGACGAGCAGGGAGAUCUCAGCAUUCCGGAGGGUGAUGUCAGUCUCGCAGAUUGGGAUCCUCUUUUUGCAUCUUUCAUUUGGGAGGAGCUUUUGAUAUGAUUAGAAAUAGUUUACUGUACAUAUCAUCCAAGACCAGAUCUCUACUUGAUGUCUGCCGUUGUAGGUUAAAUUGACGUCUUUGCGUAUCUCAUCCGUGGAGAGCCCUGAAUAUCAUCGUGCUUUGUCAUACCCAGG